AUGAUCGUGCUCCUCCUCGUGGCAACCCUGCCCCUCAGCUUCUUGUGCAUGUCCAUCCUGACGAUGGCGGCGGUGGCCACCUGCCUGCGCGCAUUCGCGCUGCACCAGUACACCCAGCGGCUGUCUGAGCUGGCGGUGCACGAGCAGGGCGAGGGCGGGCAGGGGGAGGGCGGCGACGGCGGCGGCUCCGCCAGCGGCGGCGCCGCGGCGCUGAGCUCAGCUGCGCAGCGCCGGCCGCGCCGCCCCUCGACGCUGCUCACCGCCGUGGCGGCGGCGGGGCGCCCCUUCAGCCUCCUCCACCUGCGCCUGUCCCUGGUGGAGCGAGAUUUCACCGAACCUGGCGACUACGAGCUUCUGCUGCGCCUGGAUGAGCUGGAGGCGGACGAGCCUGCCCUCCCCUUGGAGGGCCACGGGCAGGGCUCGCCAGCCACCCAGGAGCUCAGGGCCGGCGCCCUGGCUGCCCGCAGCGCCUCUGUGGCCAACCCUUUUGAUGUGGCGGAGCUGUUGGCGCGGAUCAGCCUGCUGGCGCCCUGCCCCGCGCCCAGCCUGGGCAGCGGCGGCCCGCUGGCCUUGACCGACGCAAGCAGCCGCCUGGUCAGCUGGGUGCAGCCCUCGGGGCCGCGCAGCAAGGGGCAGGGCGUGGAGGAUGUGGAGCAAGGGGUGGUGCUGGCUGAGCCCACGUCCACGGGGGGCGCGCUGCUGCGCAUCACGCUCUUGGCCGCAGGCUUCAUCAUUGGCCCCGCGGGCGCGUGCGUGCGGGACGUGUGCCAGGCCACAGGCACAGACAUCAAGUCCUGGACCGCCAGCCCAGACGAGCGCUGCACCCGCUCCUGCCGCCUGGUGGAGGGCCCACGGCAGGGCGUGGCGCGCGCAGUGGGCAUCCUGUGCGAUGCCGUGGGGCGGUACAAGGAGCUGUGCGAGGGGCAGUACGCAGGCGCGCACGGCAGCCAGAGCGUGGCUCGCAUCCAACAUGUGAGCGGCGUGGACUUCUCCUACCAGCCACCGCCCCGCAGCGUGGUGCCGUACGCUGCCUCGCUCAAGGGCCAGGCUGGCGCCAGGCGCCAGGGCAGCGGCAAGUCCCACAAGGCGGGCUCGGCAGGCGGCGGCAACGGCCGGCACGGCAGCGGCAGCUCGCAGGCGCGCCGCGGCAGCUCCGCUGAGCGUGCGCCGGGCGGCGCUGGUACUGGCGGCAGCCCCGGCCUGAGCCCCACGGCCGCCGAGGCCGGCGCCGGGAGCGGCGCCGGGAGCGGCGGCAGCCCCGGCACCAGCCCCGGCUCCGGCAGCGGCCGGGGCGGCCAGCGCGGGGCGGCCGGCAGGCUGAAGCGCGCCGGUUCGCUGCCCUCGGCGGCCGGCAAGCUGCCCCAGCAGCAGCACCCUGCCCCAACAGACAAGCUGGAGAAGGGGGAUGUGAUGAGGCGAGCCGCAGCGCCGGGGCAGCAGCACAUCAGCCUGCUGCUGCAGCAGCUAGCGCAGCAGGAUGCGGCGCAGCAGGCCGCCGCCGCGGCCGCCCUGGCAGACCAGCAGGCAAGGCCGGCACGCGCCUCGGCCUGUCCCCACUCCAGGCCCGCCCCGCUUGCACCAGCUGGCCUGGCUGCCACCGCGUGUGCUCCCGCUGCUGGCCUGCGGGGCAGCUAUGAACUGAGCGAGCCCGGGGUGCUGCUGCCCUCCAGCCUGUCCCCGCUGGCAACCCCCUGGACCCACCUCCCCGACUUUGCCGGCACCGCGGCGGAGGCGGAGGCGCGCCUGGCGGCGCAGAGCCUGGCCAGCAACGCCGGUGUGCUGGCUGCGGCGGCGGCGGCCUGGCAGAGCGCGGAGCGGCAGCAGGCGGAGCUCAGCGAGGAGCUGCUGCACCUGGCUGCCGCCGCCGGCCUGCUGGGCACCCUGACCGGUGACGGUACCGUGCCAGGUGAGGGCGCCGGGGUGGCUGCCCUGGCCCAGCUGCAGGCAGCGGGCCACCCCAUGCCGCCGGCCCCGCGCUCGAGCCUGGACGGCGGCACCAGUGCCGGCAUGGGAGCCGAGCCUGGCCUCUAUGCCGGCGGCUUUGGUGGCGGCGGCCUCCCUCCUCAGCAGGAGCAGCACAUGCCUCUGUCCGCCUUCCAGCCGCCCAACUUCACUCCCUACGACACAGACGGCAACCCCUCCGGCCGCGCCUCGCAUGCUGGGGACAGCAGCGCCGACAGCACCAGCAGCAGCAGCGCGGCUGCCAGCCGCCAGCUGCUGUUCGAGCAGGCCGAGCCGGGGACCCCGGGGCCGCGGCAGGCCGCCGCCGCCGCCAUGGCCACCCCUCCCAGCGCUGCCACGGCGGCGGCUGCUGCCCCUGCUUUCGGGUUCGGCCCCAUGCCUGCCGCCUUUGCGCUGGCGCCCAGCGGCGACUCGCCAGGAGGCGCUGACGUGGCGGGCGCUGACGUGGCGGGCGCGGGCGCCGAGGCCGUGCACCGAGGCGAGGGCCCCUCCCGCAACUUCUCCUCAGCCCCCUUCCUGCCCUUCAGCGGCCCCGCCCUGGCCCGCGCCGCCUCGGUGCCCGGCCCGCAGGGCCACAGCCAGGAGCUGGGCCGCCUCACCGACCUCCUCACCCUGGCUCGCUCCAACAGCUACGCCUCCGCCCCCACCAGCCACCCCACCCCCGGCAGCGCCGACCACAGCCCCACCGCCAGCGGCGACUGCGGCGGCGGCGCCGCCUCUCCCGCGGUCCCGCCCCGCGCCUCGGGCUUUGGCGCCCAGGGCGGCUCUCUGUUUGCCAGCGCCUUCAGCCCCCGCGCCCCCGGCGGCCUGCCCGCGGCGCCCUCCCUGCCCAUGCCCCGCCGCCUGGCUGCCGGGGCGCUGGGCGCGCGCAGCGCCAGCGCCGCCGCCGCCUUUGCCAGCGGCCAGCUGUUCAGCGAGGUGGACCUCAUGGUGGACCAGAUGUUCUGA